AUCCCCUCUAACGUUUCUGUUACAAUGGAGCUCCAGAUUUUGCCUCUUCAAGCUCACUGAGAAGCGAAGAUCCAUCUGAAAAUUCUCUCAACAAAACGCUCUUUGAUUCUACUACUUGCUUCAAGCAAUACGUACUCCCUAGUUUCCGAUAUGGGAAAUGCAGUAGCGACGCCGUGUUUUGCGCAGCAAAAUCCGACUUCUUCGUCCUCGUCUUCAAUAAAGCUGGUCUUCUGCGAAGGCACGACAAGGUUCCUGAGAGGAAAACAGGUCGCCGGCGCGAUCAUGUUCGAGUUCCCGGACAAGAUGGUAUGCCACGCCGACUCCUUCUUCAUGGGCUUCCCGGUGCCGGCAUUAGCCCUAGACGACGAGCUCAUGCCAGGCCAAACCUACUUCGUUCUUCCCAUAGAUCGCUUCACCGGCAAGGUCCUUUCGCCGUCGUUCCUUGCUGCCCUAAGUUCAUCGUCAUCAUGCCCCAACAAAACCAGUACGUCGUCGUCGUCGUCACCAUGUCCGAUCAAGUUUGGAGAGAGCCCUAGUCCUUUUGAGUACAUAAAGGGCUCCAAUGGGAGGGUUCUCAUAAAGGUGAAGCCUGAGUUCAUUACGAGGCUUAUUAAUGCAAAUAAUGACAAAGAAACAGAUCGUCAUGGUGAUAGUAACUAUAGCUUUCUAUGUAGUACUCCCGAGUUGAAGAAGCACUAUGAUCAGCUUGUGAGGUCUAAGGAUCGGGUUUGGUCACCAAAGCUUGAGACCAUUUCGGAGUACAAGGUUAGGUUUUCGCCGUGCAGGUUCUUGGGCUUAGAAUGGAAAGAAAAAGAGAAAAAUGUGUAUUAAUUCAUGUUCAGAACUCAGAAGAGAGAUUUAUAGAUGACGAUUUUGUUUUGUCGUCUCAUAAAGUGUUAAUUAAUUUCAAAUUUUCUCUCCUUGUUCAUAUUUAAGUUUUGGAAUAAAAUCAAUCAGUGAUAUA